AUGGGCAGCUCCGGCAUGGAGGCGGCAGCCGGCGGCGGCGGCAAGCAGCAGCAGCAGCUGGAGAGCCCGCUGCUGCAGGCGUCGUCGGGCGGCGGCGAUGAGGGGGCCGCCGGGCACGGGGUGAGCGGGCAGCUGGAGAGCAUCCUGAGCGACGGGUCGGUGCCGUGGGCGCGGCGGAUGUGGGCGGCGACGCGGGUGGAGAUGCGGCUGCUGCUGCGCCUGGCGGCGCCGGCCGUGCUGGUGUACAUGAUAAACUACCUCAUGUCCAUGUCCACGCAGAUCUUCUCCGGCCACCUCGGCACGCUCGAGCUCGCCGCCGCCUCCCUCGGCAACACCGGCAUCCAGGUCUUCGCCUACGGCCUCAUGCUCGGAAUGGGGAGCGCGGUGGAGACGCUGUGCGGGCAGGCGUACGGCGCGCACAAGUACGACAUGCUCGGCGUCUACCUGCAGCGAUCCACCGUGCUGCUCAUGGCCACCGGCGUCCCGCUCGCCGUCCUCUACGCCUUCUCCCGCCCCAUCCUCGUCCUCCUCGGCGAGUCCCCGGAGAUCGCCAGCGCUGCCGCCGUGUUCGUCUACGGCCUCAUCCCGCAGAUCUUCGCCUACGCCGCCAACUUCCCCAUCCAGAAGUUCAUGCAGGCGCAGAGCAUCAUGGCGCCCAGCGCCUACAUCUCCGCCGCCACGCUCGCCGUGCACCUCGUCCUCAGCUACCUCGUCGUCUACCAGCUCGGCCUGGGCCUCCUCGGCGCGUCGCUCAUGCUCAGCAUCAGCUGGUGGGUCAUCGUCGCCGCGCAGUUCGUGUACAUCGUCACCAGCCGCCGGUGCCGGCUCACCUGGACGGGCUUCUCCACGCUGGCGUUCUCCGGCUUGCCGGAGUUCUUCAAGCUGUCCCUCGCCUCCGCCGUCAUGCUCUGCCUCGAGACCUGGUACUUCCAGAUCCUCGUGCUCAUCGCCGGCCUCCUCAAGGAUCCCGAGAUGGCACUCGCCUCCCUCUCUGUCUGCAUGACGAUUUCAGGAUGGGUGUUCAUGAUCUCAGUUGGAUUCAAUGCAGCAGCCAGCGUGAGGGUGAGCAACGAGCUCGGCGCCGGGAACCCAAAAUCGGCGGCGUUCUCGGUGGUGGUGGUGACCGUGCUGUCGUUCGUGCUGUCGGUGCUGAUCGCACUGGGCAUCCUGCUUUGCCGGGACUACAUCAGCUACAUCUUCACCGACGGCGAGGACGUGGCGGCGGCGGUGUCGAAGCUGACGCCGCUGCUGGGGCUCACGCUCAUCCUCAACGGCAUCCAGCCCGUGCUGUCAGGGGUGGCCGUGGGCUGCGGGUGGCAGGCGUUCGUGGCGUACGUCAACGUCGGCUGCUACUACAUCGUCGGCAUCCCCCUCGGCUGCCUCCUCGGCUUCUACUUCGACCUCGGCGCCGCGGGUAUUUGGAGUGGUAUGAUCGGAGGUACACUGAUGCAGACCUUGAUCUUGGUCUGGGUCACCUUCAGGACCAACUGGAACAGAGAGGUGGAAGAAGCCAUGAAAAGACUGAACAAGUGGGAAGACAAGACACCUCUGUUGUCAGAAUAAGAACAAAAACAAAAGGAGGUAAAGGUGUCAUGGUUACCCUGCGAGCCUACAUGGCUAGAACAAAUGGGAUUCGGUGGGAAGUCGACCUCUAUGUUGUGAAAAAGUGAAAAUUUUCAGCUUGCAAUUCAUCAUUGAGCCAUAAUGCUCUAUUGCUUCUCAUUUCUUCUAGCACACUAGCUGGUCAUAUGUUACUUCUUUUUUUAUGACCAUAUUUUACAGUUAUGGUUAUGGAGAUAACUUUGAUCAUUUAUUGAACUACAUGCAUGUAAACUACCGGUUCUUUUGUCGUGAGCAUAAAUUUUGGUGUGAAUUUGUUGGUUCA